AUGGAGGCUGGGGUGGAGCGUGCUGAACAGAAAAGGCAAGUCUUAUUUCUUUGUGUCUUUCUUCUGGGUGUGUCCUGGGCUGGCGCGGAACCGUUGCGCUAUUUUGUGGCGGAGGAAACAGAGAGAGGCACGUUUCUUACUAAUUUUGCAAAUGACUUGGGAUUGGGGGUUGAGGAACUGUCAGCACGAGGACCUAGAAUCGUUUCAGAUCAGAGCAUAAGAUUUUUACUACUAAAUCCGCUUACUGGUGAUAUAAUAUUAAAUGAGAAAUUGGACCGAGAGGAACUGUGCGGGCCUACAGAUCCCUGUGUGUUGCCUUUCCAGUUAUUAAUGGAAAAACCCUUUAAGAUUUACCGUGCUGAACUUUGGGUCAGAGACAUCAACGAUCAUUCUCCAGUAUUUCUAGAUGGAGAAAUUCCCUUGAAAAUAUUAGAAAGUACCACGCCAGGGGAGGUAUUUCUCCUAGAACGUGCACAGGAUUCCGAUGUUGGGGUCAACAGCCUACGUAACUACACCAUCAGCCCGAAUGCCUAUUUCCAUAUUAAUGUCCAUGAGAGCGGGGAGGGGACUAUCUAUCCAGAACUGGUACUGGAUAAAACGCUGGAUCGCGAAGAGGUGCCUGAACUCAAUUUAACCCUAACAGCCUUGGACGGCGGCUCACCGCCUAGAUCUGGGACAGCUCUGGUAAGGAUCCUGGUAUUGGACAUAAAUGACAAUGCCCCCAAAUUUGUGCAGUCGCUGUACAAGGUGCAAGUACCAGAGAACAACCCGGUGGGUUCUCUGAUUGUGGCCGUGUCAGCUAAUGACUUAGAUACAGGAAGCAAUGGGGAAAUAGCUUAUGCAUUUUUUUAUGCCACCGAAAGAAUUCUCAAAACGUUUCAAAUCAAUUCCACAUCUGGCGAUCUCCAUCUUAGAAUCCAGUUGGACUAUGAGGCAAUCCAAACUUAUACAUUAACCAUUCAGGCCAAAGAUGGCGGAGGACUUUCUGGAAAAUGUACUGUGGCAGUUCAGGUAACAGAUAUAAAUGAUAACCCGCCAGAACUGCUCUUGUCAUCAUUUACUAACCCAGUUGCUGAAAACGCCCCGGAAACGGUCGCUGCUAUUUUUAGAAUUCGUGACAGAGAUUCAGGGAACAAUGGAAAAAUGAUAUGCUUCCUCCAGGAAGAUCUUCCCUUCAUACUGAAGCCAUCAGUAGAGAAUUUUUACACUUUGGUAACAGGGAAACCUUUGGACAGAGAAUGGAACGCCGAAUACAAUGUCACAAUCGUUGUCACCGAUUUGGGGUCACCCAGGCUGAAAACCGAGCACACCAUUAGAGUGCAAGUCUCUGAUGUCAAUGACAAUGCUCCCACCUUUGCCCAAACCUCCUACACCCUGCUUAUCAGAGAGAACAACAACCCCGCAGUACACAUGGGCACGGUCAGCGCCACAGACAGAGACUCAGGUACCAACGCUCAAGUCACCUACUCGCUGCUGCCCUCCCACGACCAGCACCUCGAGGCGCUGGUGCGCGUGGUGGUGGUGGACGACAACGACAACUCGCCCUUCGUACUGUACCCGCUGCAAAAUAUCUCUACGCCCUGCACUGAGCUGGUGCCCAGGGAGGCUGAGGCGGGUUACCUGGUGACCAAGGUGGUGGCCGUGGACAGCGAUUCAGGCCAGAACGCCUGGCUGUCCUACCAGCUACUCAAGGCCACGGAACCCGGACUGUUCAGCGUGUGGGCGCACAACGGUGAGGUGCGCACUGCCAGGCUGCUGAGCGUGCGAGAUGUGGCCAAGCACAGACUGGUCGUGCUGGUCAAGGACAAUGGCGAGCCGCCAAUGUCAUCCACUAUCACACUGCACGUGGUCCUGGUGGACGGUUUCUCUCAGCCUUACCUGCCGCUCCCGGAAGUAGCCCCGAAUGAGACCCAGAGCGACUCGCUUACCGUCUACCUGUUCAUUGCUUUGACAUCAGUCUCCUCACUCUUCUUGGCCUCUAUACUUUUGUUCAUCACGGUCCAUUUGUGCAGAAGGAAUAAGUCCGUCCCGGUGAGUCGCUGUUCAGUGCCUGAGGGACACUUUUCGGACCACUUGGUAGACUUCAGCGGUACUGGGACGCUGUCCCAGAGCUACCAGUACAAGGUGUGUCUAACAGAAGGUUCCCGGGCCAGUGAGUUUAAGUUUCUAAAACCAAUUAUCCCCAGUCUUCCACCCAAGAGCACUGAGAGAGAAUUGAAAGAAAAUCUCUCAUUUCAGAAUAAUUUAGAUUUUUGA